AUGGAUGGGACUGACGGCGUCAGAACGUACGAUAUCGGCUACGGCGUCGUGUCUCUCAUAUUUGUCGGCCAAGCCGUUGGCUUCGUCGUCGCCGCCGUAGUCCUCGACCUGCUGCACGCCAAGCUGAGACGGGCGAAGUUGCUGGGUCUCGGCCAGACGCUCAUGACGUGUGCCUACGUGCCUCUCAUCGCCACGGCACCCUUUGCCGUCGUCGUCUGCUGCUUCUCCUUGGUCGGCUUCGGCAUCGCCAUCAACGUCGCCAUGGGCAACACCUUUUGCGGCGGCCUGCAGAACGGCACUUUCAUGCUCGGCCUGCUGCACGGAAGCUACGGCCUCGGCGGCACGACGGGCCCGCUGAUCGCGACGGCGCUCGUCACCGUCGCAGGCGCCGUCUGGAGCCGCUACUACCUGCUCACGCUCGGCAUCGGCGUGGUGACGCUCGCGCUGUCGCUGUGGUCCUUUUGGCACUUUGAGCGAGAGCAAGAUGCCGCCGCGAGCGAACGUGGGGCCCGGGCGAACGACUCUUCCCUGCUGCUGGGCAUGUUCUCGGCCCUCCGCCUGCGCGUCGUCUUGCUCGGCGCCGUCUUCAUCUUUGCCUACCAAGGAGCCGAGGUUUCCAUCUCGGGCUGGGUCAUCUCCUUCCUCAUCAACACCCGCGGCGGCGACCCCGGCUCCGUCGGCUACGUCUCCGCCGGCUUCUGGGCGGGCAUCACCCUCGGCCGCUUCUGCCUGUCGGCGCCGGCGCAGCGGAUCGGCGAGAAGACUUUCGUCUACGGGCUCGUCGUCGGCGCCGUGGCGUUUGAGAUGCUCGUCUGGCUCGUGCCCAACAUUGUCGGCGACGCCGUUGCCGUGUCCAUCGUCGGCUUGCUGCUGGGCCCCGUCUACCCCUGCGCCGCCGCCGUCUUCAUGCGCGGCAUGUCGAGGCGCGACGCCCUGAGCGGCAUCAGCACCAUCAGCGCCUGCGGCAGCUUGGGCGGAGCGGUGGCGCCGUUCGUCACGGGACUGCUGGCCGAGGCCGUCGGCACGUACGUGCUGCAUCCGAUUGUGAUUGCCCUCUUUUUCGUCAUGCUUCUGUGCUGGUGGGGCAUCCCGUCGGAGAGCAAGAGGGACGAGUGA